AAGUCGCGCCACUGGGACACACCUUCAACUCACGAUGACCUAUACAAGUACAAGGUGUCUCUGAGCGUCUGUCUACUUCUGCUCUUCGUGAAGAACAGCCAUGGUUGGGAUCCCUCCAGGCUUCAUCUACAUUGCACGUCAACUUCAUCGCCUUGUCCGUCCUCUUGCUCUCGCCUAUACGGGCCUUAGGAUCUGGACAGUUCUGUUCGAGGAGCCAGCCCCCCACUGGCUGAGGGUUUCCGCGUAUCUAUUCUCCAUCCCCAUAGUAGCGGCAUGCAGCGUCCUCUACACCUACCUACGUGACAGGAGGGAAGCAGCACGUCGAGGCGCUGCCCUUGCCCCGCGAGUGAAGAGUUUAUGGCCUGGUGGCCUCGAUAUCAUUCUCUCAAUCACUCAGGACUUUCGGGAUGCGCAUAUCGGAUCACCGUUUGACCGAUAUUGUGAAGAGUAUGGUCCCGUCGUCAAUGUCAGGAUCAUGUUCGAGGAUCAGAUUUUGACGACAGAACCCGAACAUAUCAAAGCAGUUCUUUCUACGCAGUUCAAUUCAUUUGAGAAAGGUCCGGUGCUCUGGGACCAACUAAGCGCUCUACUUGGAACCGGAGUAUUCAACUCGGACGGCGAAACAUGGAAGUUCCAUCGCUCGAUGACACGACCGUUCUUUAGCAAGGACCGAAUUAGUCACUUUGAUAUAAUCGAAAAACACGCCGAAGAUGCUCUCAACCAAGCAAAAGCCAGACUACAAGAGGGCUACCCCGUGAAUUUCCAGGAUAUGGUCUGUCGGUUCACCCUUGAUUCGGCGACUGAAUUUUUGUUGGGGAAAUGUGUUCGUUCACUCUCCGCUGGACUGGUCUAUCCAAAGAAUUCGCUGCGAGGGCAAGACGAGGAUUAUAAAAAUCACCCGUCGAACGUUUUCGCCCGUGCGUUCCUCAACGCGCAAACGAAUGCCGCGUUCAGGAGUCGUCUCGGAUCAUUUUGGCGGUUGGCUGAGUUCUGGGGUGACUGCAUCAAGAAGGAAAUGGAAGUCUGCCACAAAUUUAUCGACCCCAUCCUCAAGGAAGCCCUGGCAACAAGGAGAUCAAUGAACGAGAGAAAACAAUCUACAGGACAGGCGCGCACGAAGGAGAAAGGGGUUCUUGAGGAUACAUUGCUUGGACAUCUUAUUAACUGCACUGACGAUCCCACUGUCAUUAGGGAUGAGAUCGUGAACAUCUUGAUAGCAGCACGUGAUACCACAGCGUCUACCUUGACCUUCCUGGUCUACAUGCUCUCUCAACACCCAGUCGUUCUGAAGCGGCUUCGUGCGGAGGUUGUCAGCACGGUUGGGAGUUGCAGAAAACCCACUAACGAUGACGUGCGAGACAUGAAGUAUAUGCGAGCUGUCAUCAAUGAAACUCUUCGUUUGUAUCCUCCAGUCCCCUUCAACGUUAGGACAAGUGUAGGAGCUGUGACAUUACCUGGCGCGAAUGGGGGUCCGCCUAUCUAUGUCCCACCCAAGACGCGAACCCCGUAUUCUGUGCUCUUUAUGCAUCGUCGAAAAGAUCUCUGGGGUCCCGACGCUGAAGUUUUCGAUCCAGACCGCUUCCUCGAUGAACGAUUGAAGUAUCUAACGUCGAAUCCGUUCAUCUUUCUCCCCUUUAAUGCAGGUCCGCGAAUUUGUCUAGGUCAACAAUUUGCAUACAACGAGAUGUCGUUUUUCCUCGUCUGCCUAUUGCAAAGAUUCUCUUCCAUCACAUUGGCAGAAGAUGUCCAGACCCGACCUUCUGCAGGCUGGACCGAAGGAACAGGUCGCCAUUCACAGGAAAAAGUGGUCAUCAAGCAUCACCUUACCUUGUAUGUGGAGGAGGGUUUAUGGGUACGAAUGGAGGAAGCUGGCGACGCUGACAUUACAUGAUGUUGGAUAUCAGCCAAGAAUGUGUAGAACCACCUGCUAGUGAUAGACAACAUUCU